AUGUCUGCUUUACCGGAUGAAACAAAUUCCACUCUUUCAAACAUCCUAUUGGGAUUUGCUUCUCCAGAUAAUAAUAUUCGUUCAGACGCUGAAAAUCAAUUGAACAAUAACUGGAUUACAAAGGAAAACAUCCACAUCCUAUUGAUCUUCCUCUCGGAACAAGCAGCCUACUCCACAGACGAAACAUUAUCUGCUCUUUCUGCAGUCCUAUUCAGAAAACUAGCUCUAAGAGCCCCUCCAGAUUCCAAAACAAUCUUAAUCUCUAAAAAUAUCACAGAAUUGCCUCAAGAUAUCUUGGCACAGAUCAGAUCCACUCUUUUGAAAGGUUUCAUCGAUUACAACAAACCAAAUAAUCUAAGACACAAAUUAUCAGACGCAAUCGCAGAAUGUUCUCAGCCAGAUUUACCAAAUUGGCCCGAAUUGUUACAAACUCUUUUACAAGCUCUUAAAGAUGAAAAUCCAAACUUCAGAGAAUCCUCUUUUAGAAUCUUUUCCAUUGUCCCCACUUUAUUAAUAAACGAUUUAGAUAUCACUCAUAUCCUGUCCAUUUUCGAAUCAGGAUUCACAGAUAAUAUAGAUAACGUCAAGAUUAAUUCAGUAAUUGCAUUUGUAGGGUAUUUCAAGAGUUUAUCCAAAUCAAAUUGGAAUCAAAUUACUCCACUUUUACCUUCAUUAUUAAAUUCAUUGCCAAAUUUUUUAAAUGAUUCCAAAGAUGAAGCUUUAACUUCAGUAUUUGAAUCUUUAAUUGAAUUGGUAGAAUUAGCUCCUAAAUUGUUUAAGGAUUUAUUCGAUAAUAUGAUCCAAUUCUUAAAUAUCGUCAUUAAAAAUGUUAAUUUGGAUUUAGAGACUCAAACAAGAACCACAGCUUUGGAAUUAUUAACAAGUUUUGCGGAAAACGCCCCACAGAUGUGUAAAUCAAAUUCUAAUUUCUGUGAUUCCAUUAUAAUGAAUACUCUUUUAUUGAUGACAGAAAUCUCCAUCGAUGAUGAAAAUUCCCAAGAAUGGUCAAAUUCAGAUGAUACUGAUGAUUUGGAUGAUGAAGAAAUCACUUAUGAUCAUGCAAGACAAGCUCUUGAUAGAGUCUCUUUGAAAUUAGGUGGUAAAUAUUUAGCUCCAACACUUUUCCAAUAUUUACAACAAAUGAUUGUUUCUUCAGAAUGGAGACAAAGAUUUGCAGCUUUGAUGGCUUUAUCUUCUGCUGCUGAAGGUUGUAGAGACGUUUUAAUUGGUGAAAUUAAUAAAAUCCUGGAUAUGGUCUUGCCAUUAAUUAACGAUCCUCAUCCAAGAGUUCAAUACGCUUGUUGUAAUGUCUUGGGUCAAAUCUCUACAGAUUUUGCUCCAUUGAUUCAAUUGACUUCUCAUAAUAAAAUUCUACCAGCUUUAAUAUCAAAAUUAACUCCAAAUUCAAUUGAUAGAGUACAAACUCAUGCAGCUGCUGCAUUGGUCAAUUUUUCGGAACAUUCAAAUAAAGAUAUCUUAGAGCCUUACUUGGAUGAAUUAUUAACCAAUUUAUUAACUUUAUUACAAAGAGAUAAAUUAUAUGUUCAAGAACAAGCUUUAACUACAAUUGCAUUCAUCGCUGAAGCAGCUGAAAAAAAAUUCAUUAAAUAUUAUGAUACUUUAAUGCCAAUCUUAUUAAAAGUCUUGAAUAAUAAUUCUAUUCAAUCUAAUACAAAUAUUAAUGAUCCCAACUCUACAAUGGUGGAUGAAAGUAGAGUAUUAAAGGGGAAAUGUAUAGAAUGUUCCACUUUAAUCGCAUUAGCUGUCGGUAAAGAAAAAUUUAGUGAAUAUUCAAAUGAUUUAAUUCAACUAUUAAUUAAUUAUCAAAAUCAAGGUAUUCAAGAUGAUGAUUCAUUAAAACCAUAUUUAGAGCAUGGUUGGUCAAGAAUUUGUAGAUUAUUAGGUACAGAUUUCAUUCAAUUAUUACCAAUCGUUUUACCUUCUUUAAUUGAAACUGCUAAAGCCAGUCAAGAUGUUAGUUUGAUUGAAGAAGAAGAAGCUUCUAACUAUCAACAAUACUCAGAAUGGGAUGUGGUCCAAAUUCAAGGUAAGCAUAUAGCUAUUCAUACGUCCAUUUUAGAUGAUAAAGUUACAGCAAUGGAUUUAUUGCAAGUUUAUGCAAGUGUAUUAGGCUCGAACUUCGGUCCUUAUGUUAAAGAUAUAUUAAUGGAUAUUGCUUUACCUUCCAUAGAUUUUUAUUUACAUGAUGGAGUUCGUGCUACUGGUGCAAGUUUUAUUCCAAUCUUAUUAACAUGUUUAAUUCCUACUUCUUCUCCAUCAUCUCUUGGUAAUGGUAAUACUAAUACCAAUAUCAAUGCCGCUAAUAAUGCCACUAAUAAUAAUACCACUAAUAAUAAUAAUACAAACACUCCAUCCAUUUCAGAAGAAGUAUUACAAUUAUGGACAUUAUCAAUUACAAAAUUGAUUAAUGGUAUCAUGGUUGAGCCAAUGCCCGAAAUUACUCAAAUUUAUCAUUCUUCUUUAAUGUUAUGUUUCCAAUUAUUAAAUUAUUUACAACCUUCUUCAGAAAUAAUGGCACUUUUCACUAAAGGUAUAAUUUCUAAUUUAACAGAUAUCUUUAGACGUAUUGAUGAUAGAAAAAAUUUAGAUGAUGAAUAUAAUGAAGAUGUAGAUGAGGAUUAUGAUGAAUAUGCUGAUGAAAACUUGUUAGAUUCAAUCAAUAAAUCUAUUAAUAUGAUGUUCAAAAUCUCAAGCAUAAACUAUUUGAAAGAUUUCCAAGAUUUAUGGCCUUUAAUUUCAACUUUCUUACAGUCUAAUAAUAGUAUUUUGAUUAUUUUUGCAUUUACUGCCAUUGCUGAUAUGAUUCAAUACUGUGGUGAUUCUUCUGCUCCAUUUAAAGAUGCUUUCAUUCCAAAAUUAUCAAGCUGUCUGGUCUCGCCUGAUCCAACUUUACGUCAAGCAUCUUCAUAUGUACUUGGUAUUUGUGCUCAAUACGCACCAAAUUCAUUUAUGGAAUUAUGUUUGACUUCAUUAGAUACUUUAUCUCAAUUAACAACUAUUCCAGACGCUAAAAAUGAAGAUAAUGAAACUGCCACUGAUAAUGCAAGUGCAGCUAUGGCUAAAAUAUUGACAGCUUAUCAAUCAUCAAAUAAUUUACAAUCUAAUUUCUCAAAUUAUGUGGAUAUGUGGUUCAAAACUUUACCAACUUUGGGUGACGAAGAAACUGCUGCAUUCAAUUACAAAUUUUUAAACCAUUUGAUUGAAAAUAAUGGCUUUGGUAACUUAGAUUCAAAUAAAAUCUCGACUAUUGUGAAAGUUGUCAUUGAAGCUUUACAUGCUAAAAUGAUUACCGGGAAAAAUGCUCAAGCCAUUGUAGAUUCAGUCAAAAAGAUUUUAGGUACUUUACCAAGAGAAGAAGCAAUGCAAAUGCUGCAAGUAUUCCCACCAGAAAUCAUGCAAACUAUGGAACUAUGGUUUGCUUAG